AUGCCAAAUUUUACCCCACAACCGAGAGAUGAGACCAUUCAAAAAGAUCACACUCUAAAAGUUUCUGAACUCAUGAUGGAAAAUCCUAGAAGUUGGAAUACCAUUUUACUCCAAGCUCUCUUUAAUCAAGACUCAGUGAAUGAAAUCUUAAAAAUCUCUUUGGCUCAAUACAAUUAUCAAAAUGUUGAUGAUAAACCCAUUUGGAUUCACCAUUCUUCGGGGCAGUUUAGUGUUAAAUCAGCCUAUGCUGCAAUCACUUCAAAUUCUGAUACUACAAUCAAUUCCAUUCCCUCAAAUACUUGGAAAAACCUUUGGAAACUGAAAGUCCAAGAUAGGCUGAAAUACUUAUGCUGGAAAAUUCUUAGCAACAUAAUUCAAACCAAAGAGCUGCUAAAGAAUUUUUUCCCCAUUGAUAGUGAUGAUUGCAUUUGCCCCAUAUGUCAAACAGGAAUAGAAAGUCAAGAGCACCUCUUUCUGAAUUGUAGCUUUACUAGGAUGCUUUGGAGACAAUCCCCCUGGCCUCUCAAUAUCUCCAGCCUAGCGGAGACAAUGAAUCAUUGGAUUGAAUGUAUUCUAAGUCCUAACAAAAUACUAGGCAUUUUCUCAAAUGAAGAGCAUUCUUUCCAGAUUUUUGCACUUGUUGCCAUGGAUAGUAUCUGGUUUCUUAGGAAUAAAGUUGUCCAUGAUGCUAUUACACCUGAUCUUGAAAUGUUCAUUUCUCAAACACUGAAAAUUCAUAAAGAACAUUGUGAAGCUUGGGAUAAUGUUAUGAUUAACAACAGCCAUAACUGGAAAGCUAUACCAAAAGAUCAUCACAUCUUAACAUUUGACGUAGCAGUAAGAGAAAAUGGAAGUACUGCUGCUGCAAUCUGUAGGAAAGAUGAGGGGGAUAUCGACUUUAUUCAAACCAGCUUCAUACACAGCACAAAUCCUAAUCAAGGAGAGGCUACAGCAUUACUUAUUGGACUUAAAGCUGCAAAGGAGGCAAAUAUACAAAAUCUAAUCAUUGCAGGUGAUUCCUUGAAUACUAUUAUGGCAGCAAAUGCAGAAUCACACAAUCCAGAUUGGAUAACUCAACCGAUAAUGCAAGACAUUCGUCAUAUGCUGGGUACACUAAAUAGUUGGCAGCUGAGAAAAAUACAUCGAGAUCAGAAUCGAUGCGCGCACUCUGUUGCGCAAUGGGCAGCAUCCAAAUUAAUUUUUGGAAGCAUACCUUUAAUCUUUGUACCUCCUUGUCUAUUAAAUUUUCAUAGUGGAAAAGACCCACUUGUUUGUUUGUAUUAA